UUGAAGGAAAUUAUCAACGAAGACUUAUACAAAGAUGAAGAAGACCUUGAAGAGAAGUUGGUACAAUUUAAAGCUCAGUUCAUGGAGUAUGACAACGACCAUUCAGGAGACUUAGGUUUGAUGGACGUACAACUAAUGAUGGAGAAACUUGGCCAGCCAAAAAACCAGCUGGAGUUGAAAAAAAUAAUUGCUGAAGUAGAUUUAAAUAAUUCAGGAACAAUCUGUUAUAGAGAGUUUGUGGUCAUGAUGCUUGGUAAAAAGUCUUCAAUUCUGAAGAUAAUCUUAAUGUUUGAAAAAAAAUCCAAGGAAGCUGAAAAACCGAAGGGAAUUCCAGCAAAGAAGACAUUUGAUGAUUUGCCCUGAACUCUGAUGUCUACUAGCUGUGUACAUAUUAUAUUUAGCUGUCUCUCUGCCAAGAAUUAUUCAAAAUUGAUUUAUUCUGUACUACAGGUGUUUUUAUUUUUACAUCCCACUACCCCACUCCAGACCCCCUCCCCCUCCAAGUAAAUCUAGUUAACCUUUGAAUGCCAAAUUUUUCCACCGAAAUCUUUUAAUUUUUUUAAAAUUUUUUUUAUAAUUUUGAAUGAGUAUGGAUUAAAAUAACAACAGUUCAU